GUCUCAUUUUCCUCUGAAGCUACGCUUUGUGAGCUUCGUUCUGAGGGACUCGCCGGAAAAUUAAUCAAUUUUUUUGGAGCUUAAUCGGAAAAUUUAUCGGAAUUUGCCGAAAAAAUUUAAGUUAAAGAGUGAGUUGGAAGCAAGAAAGGCAAAGACUUUCUGCAGAUCCGAUUAAAUUACAACAAAAAAGGAGAAAAAGGAAAAAAAAACGAAGCUGAAACUCUGAUUCCUUAUCUUCAAUUUUAUCAAUUUCACAUUUUUCCUUCACUUUCUGAUCCGAAAGCUGAGAGAAAUGGUAGUGAAAGUAGCUUCGACCUGUUUGCAAUGGUCGCAGCCCAUCGUUCCACACUCUCCCCCUUCCUCUCAAUCUCUAGCCUCCGCAAUAGCAUCUCCUUCCUCAAAACGACGUACCCGUGGCGGCGACGGCGGAGCUGUUCUCUGCCUCUACGUCCACAGCUUGAACCGGUCGGCUCUGUUCGGAGCUCCAUCGACGAAGCUAAACCGAUCCAGGUCAUGCGAGUUACCGAAGCCGAGAUUUCGGUCCAUGAAAAGAGCUUGCAGUGCGAACUUGGACGCCUUCUCCGACGAAGAGUUCUCGAAGAAAAUUCAAGAGCUCGCUCUCAGAUUCCAACUCUCGGGCGAUUUUGACGGUGAAGAUAACGGCAACGGUGACGACACCGCGAAUUCGGAAACAGAGAGAGCUGAUUCUGAUAGUCGCCGCGUCAAUGACUCUUCUUCAACGAUGAGAUUUGAACAGAACCAGAGCCUGUUCGAGUUGCCGCUCGAUCUGGAGCUACCGUGGUCGUUCGAUUGGCAGCAGCGGGACGAGAUUGUUCCGGAGGCGAGCAUCGAGCGGAAGGCGAACAGCGUCGACCUUCCGCUCUCUCUCCGAAUGAUCAAGAGAAAGCUGCAGUGGCAGGAAGGGUUCAGAGAAGCAGGGGAAUCCGCGUGUUCCUCUGUGAAAAGGGCCUUCUCUUCCAUGGUGUUCAUAAUCCGAGAGCUCCAUACGUACACCUUACAGAUGAGAGAACUUCUCUUCUACGAAGAUUUACAGGGGAUUUUGGGUCGUGUUCAGAAGGAGAUGCACGCUUCAUUCGUUUGGCUUUUUCAACAGGUCUUCUCUCAAACGCCGACGCUAAUGGUGUACGUGAUGAUCCUCCUGGCCAAUUUCACCGUCUACUCAUUAGGCCACAACGCCGCCAUUGCGGCUGCUCCGCCACCUGGGAUAUAUUCCAGUGCAACUGAGACUACUAUAUCAGUGGAGGAAGUUCAAAAUCACAACGAUAAAUUGGAUAAUACCCAAUUUGAUUCCUCGACAAGUAAGUCGUUUUCUGUGAAUGGGAACGUGAAUGGGAAAACGACAUCCGUAGGCGGAAACAAUGGCGGUGGUGGAAAAGCCCGACCCGUGGGCAGCGGCACGGAAGGAGACGGCCGGUUCGACGGGACGGACCAAUACCGGACAAUUGUCCCCGACGGAGCUUCUCAGUUGUCCUCACUUGGGACGACGACAGAGGCAGAGUCGGUGUCCGGGCAAGAGAGCAGAGAGGAGGAGUUGGCUGUGUGGAAUUCGAUAGUGGAAGAAGCUAAUGAAAUGCGAGGCAACCAUGAAGCUCUGAACCAUGAAACGAUGGAGAGAUUUGUUUCGCCGGUGGUGGCGAAUAUGGAGGGUGAUGAUUACGAGGAGUACUUCAGAACAGAGCUUCUCUACCAAACGGGACUAUCCAUAGAGCCCAGCAAUGCUCUGCUUCUUGCCAAUUACGCUCAGUUCCUCUACCAAGUUGCCCAUGAUUAUGACAGAGCUGAAGAGUACUUCAAGAAGGCAGUGGGGCUGGAGCCACCGGACGCGGAGGCCUACAACAAAUACGCGACGUUUCUGUGGAGGGUUCGAAACGACUUGUGGGCUGCAGAAGAAACCUUCUUGGAAGCUAUUUCAGCUGACCCAAGCAACUCAUACUACGCUGCCAACUAUGCCCAUUUUCUAUGGGACACCGGCGCUGAGGAUACGUGUUUCCCUCUCAACUCUCCUGAUGAUGCCACCCAAGAUGCUUAGUAAUUUAAAAAUUUUAUAAAAAAUAUAUAUAUAUACAGAAGAGAAGAGAAGAGAAGAGAAGAGAAAAGAGCCGUCACCUUCCGUUUAUUUCCCAAUUUUACUCGGAAUUUGGUAUUAGAAAAUCCAAAAAAUAAAUAAAGAGAAAAAAGAAGAGACUAGAAAGAGGUCCUUUUUUUUUAAUAUUUAUUUGUUCCUGAAAUUUUGGUGGCGGUGGCAAAUAUGGGGGGUGUUGUGGUGGUGGUGGCGUUUGGAGCGGAGGGAAGCACGUGACCUGGGACAUGCUCACAUGCACGGCAAAACUGGCAUUGCAGCAAAGAAUUUGCAGUGUGUUUGGCGUUGCGUGUUGUUUCAGAUCUUUAUGUGCACGGGGAGUGGAGCCAAUCGGAAUGCAUGGCUGCUUUUCCACAGAUUAUCGCGUUUCCUUUUUUUUUUAAUAGGGGGCGACACAAGCAAUCACACGGCAAAGUGUAAUUAGCCUCCUUGUUAAUAUUAUGCCAUUUUCAAUUUUACUAGAAAUGCGAAAACUGAAACAUAAUUUGGUGAAAGAAAGCACGUGUUUCUCGUGCAUUUUGCUAUGUUUGGCUCUGGAAAUUUCUUCUCUUCAAUUGAAUUUUCUUUCGUGUUUAGUGGA